AUGAUACAACUACCAAAUACCCCAUUCAACCCUACAACAAUACAGUCAGGUGCUAAUACUGUCAGUGAGCCCUGGAUUAACCAAAUCAUAAACAAGAGAGUGUCCUUGGAUACAAGUUCAAAUUAUUCAUCCAGAAUAUCAACUCUAGAGAAUUAUUUAAACUUCAUUUAUGGUCAAGCUUUAAAUCAAGAUGGUAUAACUAAUUAUCAGCAAGUGAUUGAAUAUUCUAAAAAAUAUAUCAUUAGUUGCUCAAUUCCUUGGAAUUUACCUAUAACUAAGCAUCAUCAACAUCAAUGGACCCUUGAAGAUGAAAUCAUUAUAGUUGUAAUUAAUUUAUCAAUAUCUUAUAAUUCAAGAAGUUCAGAAUUGAUUGGUGGAUUAUUGAGUAGCAAUUCAGAGAUUGAAUCAGAAAAAAUUUGGUUAAGUUGUUUUAAAAUGUUGAAAAAAGCAUUACAAUUUAUAAAUUUUCUCAAGACUAUUGAUAAUGACAAUGGGAUAAUUUUUGAAACUUCAAAUUCAUUUAUAAAUUUUAUAAGUUGUUUGAUUCAAAGUUCAUCACAAUUGAAUUUUCUAAUAAAAACUAUAUGGAGUUUAAAGAAAUUAGAAUAUGAUAUCACAUUAAAUGAUUCAAUAAAUUAUUCAACUUUAUCAAGAAUUUCAAUAUCAAUUAAAGAUGAAAUUAAACAGAUGAUUAAUAUUUUGAAAAUAAAUAAUAUUGAAUAUAAUCAAUGGCAAAGCUGCUUAGAUGGGUUGAUUAAAUAUAUCAAUGGAUAUAUUGGGGUACUAUUAUCAAUUGAGAAUUAUAAACAAGAUAAAAUUGGAAUUAGUAUUGGUUUUUUAGAAUUUUCUAAAGAGAAUAUAACAAGGAAAUCAUCAAAUGAAGAAGAUGAAGAUGAUGAUGAAGAAGAUUCUAAAUUUAAGAAAAAGAUGUCAAUGUUUAAGAAAAAGAUAAAAUCAUCAGAAAAAUUGAAAAAAUUGAAGACUAAAUCAAAAUUCAAAUUAAAUAAACAAAUACAAUCAUGUUUAUCAUCAACUUUAGAGCAAAAUUUAAUUGAUUUAUUUGAAUUAUUGAAAGUUCUUGAUUUAAAAUAUACUAUUGAAAAUGAUAAUUUAAAAUUUGACGAAAUUCCUUCAAUUCAAUCAUUAUUAAAUAAUUAUUUACCAAGUGCAAGAUCUAUACCUAUUGAAUCAACAUCAUGGAUUCCAAAUAUGAUUGAGUCAACCCCAACAACAAAUUCAACUGGGUAUUAUUAA